AUGUUUUGGCGCAUGGGCCUCUCCACUGCAUCGCCAGUGGAUACCAUUUUAGACAAAGAAAAUUUUACACUGGAGGAACUUCUUGACGAGGAUGAAAUAAUUCAAGAAUGCAGAUCUCUUAAUGGCCGGCUUAUUAAUUUUUUGCGGGAAAGAGCUCAAGUUGAAAAACUAGUUAGAUACAUAGUUCAAGAAGCUCCAGAGGAAGCUGAGAAACUGCGGUCGUUGAAGUUUCCUUUCAUUGCUUGUGAAAUUUUCACUUGUGAGGUUGAUAUAAUACUCAAAGCUUUGGUAGAGGACGAGGAGUUGAUGAACCUGCUUUUCUCUUUUUUGGAUCUUGAACACCCCCAUAGUACUCAAUUAGCUGGCUACUUCAGCAAGGUUGUUGUCUGUCUCUUGUUGCGGAAGACAACUCCUAUAAUGAAUUACAUACAGGCUCAUCAAGAUAUUAUCAAGAAGCUGGUUGACCUCAUCAGAAUUACAUCUAUUAUGGAGGUUUUAAUUCGUUUGAUUGGUGCUGAUGAACAUAUGUAUGCGAACUCUGUGGACUCAAUGCAGUGGUUGGAAGAUAUGAACGUGCUGGGAAUGAUUGUGGAUAAGUUCAGUUCAUCUGACUGCCCAGAAGUGCAUGCUAAUGCUGCAGAAACUCUUUGUGCAAUAACUCGGUAUGCUCCUCCAGGGCUAGCUUCAAAAAUCUCCAGCCCAAGUUUUAUAGGACAAUUGUUUUGUCAUGCUUUGGAGGAUUCAAGACCAAAAUCUGUUUUGGUUAAUUUGCUGUCCAUUUGCAUAUCUUUGUUGUACCCCAAGAGGCUAACUUCAGGGACUUAUUAUAUUUACAAUCGCCAACUGGCUUAUGGAUCAGAAAUAACUGCCAAACCCGAGAUGGUUGAAGCCAUGCUGGAUAGCCUAGGUGAUCUCCUCAAACUUUUGGAUAUUUCAUCGGAGGACAACGUCUUGCUAACUACUUAUGGCAAGUUGCAGCCUCCUCUUGGAAAGCAUCGCUUGAAGAUUGUUGAGUUCAUCUCAGUCUUGGUGACUGCUAGCAGUGAAGUUGCGGAAAAGGAAAUAAUUCGUCUGGGUGCUGUACAACGUAUCUUAGAAUUGUUUUUUGAGUAUCCGUACAACAACUUCUUACAUCAUCAUGUAGAAAAAAUAGUAGUAUCUUGCUUGGAGAGCAAGAAUGCUGAGUUUGUUAAACAUCUACUUCAUGACUGUAAUCUUACUGGCAAGAUUCUUGAAGCAGAAAAGAACUUCACAUUGGUAGCUGAUGUUAACAGGCCGACUGUCCCUGCUGAGGGUAGACCUCCACCCAGGAUAGGGUAUAUUGGACAUAUAACUCGUAUUGCUAACAAACUUAUUCAAUUGGGGAAGGACAACAAUGAUAUACAGACAAUUUUGCAGGAAAAUGGUGAGUGGGUUGAAUGGCAAACAAAUAUUCUGCUUGAGCGCAAUAUGGUGGAGAAUGUCUUCCAAUGGGCAUGUGGGAGGCCCACAUCGCUGCAGGAUCGGACAAGGGAUAGUGAUGAUGAUGAUUACCAAGAUAGAGAUUAUGAUGUUGCAGCUUUGGCAAAUAACUUGAGCAAGGCCUUCCAAUAUGGAAUCUAUAGCAGUGAUGAUAUUGAAGAGGCUCAUGGCUCACCUGAACGGGAUGAUGAGGAUGUGUACUUUGAUGAUGAAUCUGCAGAAGUCGUCAUUUCUUCCCUUCGUUUAGGAGAUGACCAGGAAAGUGGUUCUCUUUUCACAAACUCCAAUUGGUUUGCAUUUGAGGAUGACAGAACAGCUAAUAAACCGCCAACUGAUUUAGUUGCUUCUGCAUCCCCUAACAUCGAUACCGGUGAAGUUGUCAAUGGAGGGGCUGCAGAUGACACAAGCAUCAAUGAAGACAAGGAUUUAGCAGACACUGCAUCAUCUGAUCCUCCUGAACCAAAAUUGAGUUUAGAUGAUCCUGUGCCCGGCAGUUUGUCUGAUUUAAAAGAAAUUGGAAAUGGUGGGCAUGAGAAAUCCCCAAUAUCGGAUGAAGGAAUGAAAAUUUCAGAGUCGGUCGAGUUUUCUCCGAUCUUGAAUUCUGCUGAGACAUCUGAUGCAGCUCAGCCACCAUCUCUAUCGAAUCGUGAGGUUCAAGUUGAAUCAGAAGGUUGGCCAGAUGACGUUGGCAGGGAUGCUGGAGACACUUCCUCGUCUUCCGUAGAUGGUCCUGCAGAUAGUUUACAGUCACCUGACUUAACACAGAGAGAAUCUGGUACCAAUCCUUCACAUGCAGAAGGUGAAGGGACCUCUAACAUUGUGAAGACAGAUUCUCCUGCUGGAACAGACAGUUCGUGUGGACCUGCAGAACACGAAGAGAAGAAUUGA